GAUAAGAGAGAGAGAACAAGCUAGAAUUCUAGUAUCUGUAAGGCAGCACAGCAGGCACAACAGCGCUAUCCGUCGUCCCGCGUCGCACACAACGUGUCGUGUAUUUCCUGUGUCACCGGUUAUUAACUCUGCUGCCCGUAGGAAUGCAAGGACGUCUGCGUCGAUGACUCAACACUUCGUGGAAUGACAGAUUGGCACACAGCGUUUUUAUGGUGUGCAAACGCGCUGAUCUGGUUGCAUAAUUAUCGAGCAGUCGCUACAGAGACGUGACACAUGCGCCCACGUCCCGAACAGGAAACAGAAGAGCCUGGAGUUGUCAGUUCGCCCAUCCUGUCCUCCAUGCUCGAGUGAGGAAGCUAGACUCACUACUAACGGUGAAUUGCAGACAGUAGACUCUUACGUGACAAGUAACCAUCACACCAGCGGAGAGAGAUCGGGACCUCCCGGCUCCUCUUUCAACGAACAAUUAGUGCUUUUCUGUCGUCAAUGAGACGACACCCGCUAGCCAUGGAAGGCACGCGUUUGCUGCUGCUCUGCCUCGGUUGGUUGCUGCUGGCUGCCGACGUCGCCGGGUUUAACUUGGACACGAGCGACGUUAUCGUCAUGCGACCACCCGUGCACGCGUCGCGGACCAACGACAGCUACUUCGGUUACACCGUGGCGCUGCUAGAGAACACAGAAGGAAAGUGGGUAUUAGUUGGCGCUCCGAAGUCGUCUUCCGUGCACACACCCAGCGAUAUUAGGACACCGGGUGCUCUGUACAAAUGCGCCGUUACCGGUGGCGACUGUGAGGAAAUACUCGUGGACAGUGACGGAGACACGUGCUACCUCUCUCUCGGCCAAGCGAUACCAUGUAGUUUCGAUAACGGACGCUACCGUGUGAAGAGUUACAAGGAGAAUCAGUGGCUGGGAGCAGGACUAGACGUCCACGACAGCAAGGGCGUAUUCACGGUAUGCGCGCCCAGAUGGAUUAACCAGUUUUUCCUCGAGUCACACGGUGAAUUCCUUAUUAACGGCUACUGCUGGGAACUAUCUAAAGACAUGAUACAAAGCAAAACGAGGAGCCUUCACCCGCUGCAGAACAUAGAUUAUCAGAUUGUAGAUGGAGAAUAUCGAUACGGAAGUGGUCUUACAGGCAUGACAGUUCAUUACCUGACCAACGCUACAUCUCAAACCGAUGACAUGAGACUGUUGCUGGCGGCCCCUGGUGUAUGGUCGCAAACAGGUUCCGUCGUUGAGAUGCGAUCCCCUAGAUCGGACACCGUUGUGCCUCUCAUACACGAACUUCUAGAGGGAAGCUUCCUAGGUUACGACAUCUCCUCCGGCGUGUUCUUUCCCGACAAGAAGGUGCUCAACGUGGUAGGAGUUCCCAGGGCUCGGAGAAGCUCGUUCGUGGGAGAGGUGUACAUCUAUUACGACGACUUCAAGUACCUCAUCAAGAAAGUGGGCGCGGUCAGCGGAGAGUACUUUGGCGCCGCCGUGGCGGCCAUCGACAUUAACAAAGAUGGCUUGGAUGACCUCAUCGUCGGUGCUCCGUUCUAUUACGAGGAGAAUACGGUCGAUGAAGGCUGUGCCUAUGUCUACAUGAAUCAGGGACACAGAGCAGGCGACCCGCUCCUGGAGACCGACUACAAGCUGCGCGGAAGCCGCAGCAGCUACGCACGCUUCGGCACGACGAUCGCCGGCGUCGGUGACCUUGACCUUGACGGCUUCCGGGACGUCGCCGUGUCGGCGCCGUACGAGGACGACGGUCGCGGCGUCGUCUACAUCUACCGGGGUUACGUAGCGGGCAUCUAUCCGCAGCACUCGCAGCGCAUCGCCGCAGCGUCCGUCGCCGACGGGCUUCGUGGCUUCGGAUGGAGCAUCUCACGGAGUAUGGACGUCGAUGAUAACCGUUACCCAGAUGUCGCUAUCGGCGCGUACCAGUCGGACAGCGCCGUGCUACUGCGCACGCGACCCGUCAUCCGGACGUCGGCCAACAUCCGGUUCAAUCCGGCGCAGAUCCAGACAAACGUGGCCGACUGUGUUAACGCGGAUGGAGAGCGUGUGUCGUGCGUGCGCGUGUCUGCCUGCUUCUACUACGAUGGAGCGCACGUGCCUGCUAGCACAAAGAUUCAGUACACGCUUGCUAUCGUUGCUGCUAGCACGAAUAGAGGUUUCUUCUUCGAAAACAAUCGCUCAUCACUGCAAGUGAAAAGAGUUGUCAAACUCGCCAAAGAAACGCUCGAAUGUGACAUACACUCCCUGCUACUACGGGCGAACAUCAAGGAUAAGAUUACGCCGCUGUCAUUCUCACUCGAUUAUGACAUCAUCGAUGACGUCACGGCACGGCGGCGGAGACGGCAGACGGUGCUGCCUCUACCGCCCGUCAUCAGCGCAGACGACAACGUGCACGUGCUAGAGCUGCUGGGCUUCGCGCAUGCGUGCGGCGAUGAUAACAACUGCACAUCGGACCUCAGUAUUACGAUGAAGUCUGACUUUAACGAACCGUACCUCGUCCCAGGAAUAAACAACGACAUCUCCUUCACUAUAACUGUCACCAAUCGUGGAGAAAGCGCUCAUCAAACCAAGAUCGAAGGUUACUACACGAGUGCUGCGUCUUUCAUCGGAUCGGACCCUUCUCAGUACGCUUGCCAGGCCAAUCCUGACGUCACGGGACGAGGGCGUGGCCUGGUGUGUGAGAUAGCCAAUCCGCUUCCCUUCGACGCCUCGGCGACGCUCACGAUAAGGUUUGACACGUCCACGCUGCGUGACGACAGACAGUUCACCUUCACGAUGGAGACGCUCACGACCAGCUACGACGUAGACACGGGAGCGAGUGAAAAGUCAGCAAAAGUUGCCCUCGAUGUCUUCCAUAAGGCCGACGUUACCAUCACAAGUGCCGCACAGCCCGAGCAGCUCGUUUAUGCGACAAAAAAACCCGACGCCACCCUUCCACUGGAGCUGAAAAACUACACACGAGAGAUCACGCACGUGUACAAUCUCAUCAACCUUGGUAAGAGUGCCGUGAGCGGAGGGCAGCUGUUCAUCCGCUGGCCGCACAUGACCGCAUCCGGAAUGACUGUGGUCCGCAUCGUAAAACGCUUUCGC